AUGGCUGCUGUUCAUUUUUCGCUACCUCUACCUGUGCUGCCCCAGGGUUGGGCAGGUGAGAAAGAUUUCAAAUCGAUUGGCCAGCUUUCAUCUGCUACACAGCGCAACAUUGAGCCUGUGGGACCUCAUUUUCUCGCCCACGCACGAAGAAAGCGUCACCAACGUACCUUUUCUGAAGACGAUCGAAUUCAAGCUCAAGAGAGCGUUAAGAAGGUCGAGGACGAUGAUGUUGGAGAGAUUAGCGAGCCCGAAGACCCGCUGAUGUUACAGCGUGACGCGAAAGACUGGAAGGGACAAGACCACUACGCCGUACUCGGCCUUUCCAAGCAUCGCUACAAGGCUACAGAAACCCAGAUCAAACGCGCCCACCGCAAGAAGGUUCUUCGCCAUCACCCCGAUAAGAAAGCAGCCGCUGGCUCCUCCGAGGAUGACUCCUUCUUUAAAUGCAUACAAAAAGCCACUGAAAUCCUCCUCGACCCUGUCAAACGCCGUCAAUUUGAUUCGGUAGACGAGGCUGCCGACGUCGAACCUCCGUCUAAGAAGCAAGCCCAGAAAGGUAACUUUUUCAAGCUAUGGAACCCUGUCUUUGUAGCCGAGGGGCGCUUCAGCAAGACACAGCCCGUUCCAAGACUGGGAGACGAUAAGAGCAAGAAAGAGGAAGUGGAGGAAUUCUAUAAUUUUUGGUACAACUUUGACAGCUGGCGGUCUUUCGAAUAUCAGGAUGAGGAUGUACCCGAUGACAAUGAGAACCGAGACCAGAAGCGGCACGUUGAGCGAAAGAACAACAAUGCAAGAAAGAAGAAGAAGACUGAGGAUACGACGAGGCUAAGGCAACUGGUGGACGACUGUUUAGCCGGCGACGAACGGAUCAAGCGGUUCAAGAAGGAAGAGCGAGCCGGUAAAGACAAAAAGAGACUGGAAAGGGAAGCGGCGGAAAAGAAAGAAAAGGAAGAUGCGCAGAAAGCGGCCGAAGAGAAAGAACGGCUACGAAAAGAAACAGAGGAGGCCUCAAAGGCCGAGAAAGCCGAGGGCAAGAAGGCCAAGGAAGCUGCCAAGAAUGCUAUGAAGAAGAACAAGCGAGUGCUGAAGUCAAGUGUGAAAGACGCCAACUACCUGCUUCCUGCUGGACAAGAAGCUGGCGCAAGGAGGGUCGAUCAAGUACUGAACGAUGUCGAAGCUGUCAUGGCUAAGAUUGAUGCUGAGGAGAUGGCUAGCUUGGCGGGCAAGCUUGGCGGAACGAAACUUGCGGAGGAGGUAGGGAAGGUCUGGAGCGAGGAGGUGAAGAGGCUUGUUGAGGCUGGGAAGGUCAACGACGGAGAGUUGAAGGUUAUGGGGACCUGA